GUCAACUUGAAAGACGACGAUCACGGGAAGAGGGAAGUUAGCGAAGUUUUCCACAAAGAACUGUGUGGAUAAAUGUCUUUAUCUUACCAGUGUCUUACCUAGAAACUAUCAGUGAGAGUAUGUCUAAUGAAGAGAAAGCAAUCGAUCUUAUUAAUCAGGCUGAGAAGAAAGUGAAAUCGUCACAGGGUUUUUUGGGUGGAUUAUUUGGGGGUACUUCAAAGCUUGAAGACGCCGCGGAGAUGUAUAUUAGUGCUGGCAACAUGUUUAAAAUGGCACAAAAAUGGAGUGCUGCCGGGAAAGCAUUUAUGGAAGCAGCCCAAUUACAGGUCAAUUUGCAGUCCAAACACGAGGCAGGACAGCGUUAUGUUGAUGCUGGGAACUGUUUUAAGAAAACAGAUGUAGAAGAGGCUGUAAGAGCUUAUGAAAUGGCCAUCAACAUUUAUACUGACAUGGGCCGUUUUACAAUGGCUGCAAAACACCACAUUACAGUAGCCGAGAUGUAUGAGAGCAAUGCUGUUGACUUGGAAAAAGCAAUAUUCCACUAUGAACAAGCUGCACAGUAUUAUAGAGGCGAAGAGUCAACCAGCUCAGCAAACAAGUGCUUAUUGAAAGUUGCUACAUUUUCAGCCCAGAUGGAGGAAUAUGGAAAGGCUAUUGAGAUUUAUGAACAGGUUGCUGCUGAUGCUAUCGAAAGUUCAUUGCUGAAGUACAGUGCUAAAGAAUACUUUUUCAAGGCAGCUCUUUGUCAAAUGUGUAUUGAUGUUGUGGAAGCUCAGAGAGCAGUGGAAAAAUAUUGCAAUAUGUACCCAGCUUUUGAAGACACGAGAGAAUGUAAACUGCUAAAGAAUCUCCUUGUUGCCCAAGAAGAGCAGAAUGCAGAGUCCUUCACUGAAGCUGUCAAGGAAUAUGAUAGUAUAUCAAGAAUAGAUCAGUGGCUGACUACAAUGCUUUUACGAAUCAAAAAAGGAAUGAAUGAGGAGCCAGACCUCACUUAAAGUAUUUCAUAAACUUAUUUAGACUUCUUACACAAGGAAACUGUAUCAAAUAGGGAUACGUAAUAUCUAGAAAACACUAAGAAGCCUACAAUAAUGAUUGUGUCCGUAUGGAUGCAAGAAUGUCUUGAAAGAGCUCUAUUUUCUCUCUUCAAACUCGUCUCAUACAUCACCAGUAUGAUUAUAACAUAACUGCAAAGCAAUUUGUUCUGCUUUACUUAAAACAAUUAGAAAAUGAGCCUGCAUUGUUGAUUUUGUAUUUGAACCUAAUUUACAAGACUGUUUAGUUUUGAUAAUGCCUUAAAUGUUGAGCCACCUUUUGGUUUGUUGUUGAUGUAUAUUGUGACCAAAAUGUAAUAUCUACUCAUACUGUAUGUAAAUCUACAUUAAUUGCAACACUAGUGCUUCAAGUUGUUGUGAGUAAAUUGCUGAUGCAAAACUAAAACUCUCCAAGUCUUCUUCCUUUGAAGCUUUGAUGGUGACAAAUUGAAGUUCAGGAGGAAAAGAAAAUUCAAUUUUCUCCUUGCCUUUAGCACCAUAACAGAGGGUAAUUGUUUGUAAUCUAAUUUAACAUUGGAAGAGUUUCUAAAUGCAAAACCUGUACCAGUCAUAAAUAAAAAGAUCCAUUGUUAGCUAUG